AUGUCCUUCAAGGUUCAAACGGUUUUAGGUGACGUAAAUCCUGAACAUUUAGGAAGAACGUUGACUCAUGAGCAUUUAGCAAUGAAAUUUUCACAUUUUUACCGAGAACCACCCAGCGAAAUACGCCAUCAAUGUGAAAACCCGAAUUUUCCACGCGAACAUUUGGGAUACAUAAGACAAUAUCCAUAUAGCAAUAAGAGUAAUUUAUUGCUGAACGAUGAGAAUGCUAAGGAUGCUGUCCGUAACGAUGUCAAACAUUACAAAUUACAUAAUGGGGGGACUAUAGUGGAGAAUUCCACUGAAGGUCUGGAACGAGAUAUUAAUUUUUACAAACAAGUAUCUGAGGAGACAGGAGUACACGUGGUCGCUGGAACAGGUUUCUAUAUAGAGGAUGUUCAAGAACACCAAACACUUAAUUAUAAAGUAGAGGAUAUGUAUAACCAUAUGAUUCAAGAAUUGACGAACGGAUGUGUGGGAUUUCCUGAAGUGAAAUGCGGUUUUAUGGGGGAAAUAGCUAGCGUGUGGCCUAUAAGAGAUUUCGAACGUAAAGCUAUCAAAGCUGCUGGCGAGGUGCAAACGCAAGUGAGGUGCGGCGUCAGUUUCCAUCCACAUCGAGACGAGAACGCGCCAGAAGAAAUAUUACGGAUUUUCACUGAAGCUGGCGGACGAGCCGAUAAAGCCGUUAUGUCCCAUUUGGAUAGAACUUUGCUCGACCCAGUGAAGCUAUUGGAGUUUGCAGAACUCGGUUCAUACUGCCAGUUCGAUCUGUUCGGUACAGAGGUUUCGUUCUACCAACUGAACGUCGCUACGGACAUGCCUUCAGACGCACAGAGAAUAAACAUGAUCCGUCAGAUAGUGGACGACGGAAAAGUCGACAGAGUUCUCAUGUCACACGACAUACACACUAAACAUAGAUUGUUGGAAUACGGCGGCCAUGGAUACGCACAUAUAAACGUAAACGUUCUUCCCAAGAUGGCAAUGAAAGGAUUCUCGAAGGAAGAAAUAGAUAUGAUUACUAUCAGAAACCCCGCGAGGUGGCUGGCAAUACCCUACUGA